GAGCUUGACGGCCCCGAAUGACUCUGACAGCGCGCACUACAGUCGCAGUUGCAGUAAACUCACCUGGCGCUGCUUUCUGCACCGUCAAACCACCUCACGGUUGCCAACACUGAGAGAAAAUGCUGUCCUACAUCAUUGGUUUGAUCCGAGGCGGAUUUGACAGCAUCGUCAACCUGAUCUUCAGACUCCUCUUCAGGCAGAAGAGAGCAGCCCUCACCCUAGAGGACCCCAACAUCAAGUACGCACUGCGGCUGCUGGACAAACAGAUUGUCAGCCAUGAUACAAGGAAGUUCCGCUUCGCUCUACCUUCCCCUGAACACAUCCUUGGUCUCCCUGUCGGGCAGCAUAUCUAUUUGUCUGCGAGAAUAGACGGGAAUCUGGUCGUGCGUCCGUAUACACCAACGUCCAGUGAUGAUGACAAAGGCUAUGUGGACUUAGUGGUGAAGAUUUACUUUAAAGAUGUAAAUCCUAAAUUCCCAGCGGGUGGGAAGAUGAGUCAGUACCUGGAGAGCCUCAGGAUCAAUGACACUAUUGAUUUCAGAGGACCCAGUGGACUUCUCGUGUACAAAGGCAAAGGUGUUUUUGACAUUCAACCAGAUAAAAAGUCCCCAGCUGACACCAAGACAGCUAAACAUGUUGGCAUGAUCGCUGGAGGGACAGGGAUCACUCCCAUGUUGCAGCUCAUCACAGCUGUGAUGAAGGAUCCACAGGACCAGACAGUGUGUUACCUGCUGUUUGCCAACCAGACUGAGAAAGACAUCUUGUUGCGACCGGAGUUGGAAGAGAUCCAGGUCAACAACCCGGACAGGUUCAAGCUGUGGUUCACCCUGGACAGAGCACCUGAAGACUGGGAGUACAGCCAAGGCUUUAUCAAUGAAGACAUGGUGAGGGAACACCUGCCACCCCCCAGUGACGACAGUCUCAUCCUGAUGUGUGGACCUCCGCCUAUGAUCCAGUUCGCCUGCAACCCCAAUCUGGACAAAGUCGGCCACUCCAGCAGCCGCAGGUUCACCUUCUAGACGUCCGUCCACAUCAUCAAAAGGAGGUUUGGGCGUAUGUGCGCGCUCAGUUAUAUUCUCUACCCUGAAAGCGUUAAAGCACUCGUACAGUUGCAGUGUAUACGAUAUAUUAUGCCAUGAUAUAUUCAUUAAGCAACAGCAUCACAGCACGGACCAAUUCAUGUAAUCAGAAGGUGUAACUAAGGAGGAAGGAAUGGAAAUGAUGUAGGCUAGUUUGUGAGUAAAGAUGUGUAUGUAGAGGAGAUGGAUACCCUGAAGUGUCGGGACAGUCUGCUUGGAAAUGUGAUUCAAAUCUGUUUGCAACAAUAUCAGAAGAGUUGAGGUGUGUUUUCUGAGUGCCUUAACACUUGCAAAGCUUUUUUUAUGCAUUAAGAUUCGCAACCACUUGCUACAUUUAUACAUAAUUGUAUUAUUUAAUCCAUUAUUGCUGUUGCGAAUGCAUUAAUAAUACCUGCCCCUCUAUCACUGUCACUUCAAAGAUGUCAAUAUUUUGCUAAAACAUGUUGUCAGUGGUUGUAAUGUGGUUACUGAUAUGAAGUCUUUGCUGCAACAGUGGAUACUUGUGUUUGGAUAUGCAAUAUUAAAAAUAAUUGCUUUACAUCUCGCUCAUAUAUAAGUAUCUCCCUGAGCUGUUUAAUGAAGAAGCUACUAAAAAUGAAGACAAAGAAAAAUGCAUUUUCUCCUUUUUUAUUACCAAAAAUUAAAAAAAAAAAAAAACUUUGGUUUCCAUGUUUACUUUCUUAAAAGUUAGUGUUUGACAUUUGGAAGAAAAUGCUUCCAUGCCAAUAGUUAGGUCACAGGAUCAAUACCACUCGUUAAGUAUAGAGCUAAAGCCAGGAGUUAUUAGCUAAGCAUGGAGACUAGAAGCAGAGGGUAGAGUUAAAAAAUACACCUUCAGGUCCCUUUAAUGCUCACUAAUUAAUAUGUUUCUCAUUUGGUCAAUUUGUGGUUUUAGGCAGAGUUAUGUGGUGUUUGGAUUAUAGAAAAAAAGAUGUGUUAAUUAGUGAGUUUAAGAGAGAGCAAUGCCUCCAGUCCUUAUGCUAAGCUAAUCACUCAAUGAAGGGUUGUAGUUUCAUAAUUAAAAGCACAAUCACGAGUGGUUUCUAGCCAGGAAAAUAUUGUUGGUUUAAUUCACUCUGGUUUUGAGAUUUCUGUCUUAACCCCAACACUAUGUAGGUGAAUGGAGUAACAUUUGCGGUACUCGCAGCAUUGAAAACAGUAGCAAAAAAAAUAUCUUUAGUGUCCUGGGUGACGCACAGAACAACUGUUCACAUAAGAGAAAGAAGUAGUUCCAAUGGAAGCCGUCUCUUACCGACAGACUUCACUCUAAACAGUGUAGAGAAACUUUCUGGAAAGAUACACUGCUAUAAA